AUGGAGAGCGAGGGCGCGGAGGUGCGGCGGGGGCUCUACAUCGGGUCGCUGGCCGCGGCGAGUGAUGAGGAGUGGCUGGCGGCGCGAGGCAUUACCCACAUCCUCACCGUGGCGUGGGGCAUCGCUCCCUUCUGGCCCGAGUGGAGGGUGGUGAGUGCAGAGGAUGAGGACCUCCUGCAACACCUGGCUGCGUGCCACAACUUCAUCGACGGAGGGAUCCGAGCGGGUGCCUCGCCCAACCCUGGCUUCAGGCGACAGCUGACCGUCUACCACCAAAUGCUCGUGCGACAGCGACGGAAGGCGGCCAGAGAUAGCCAGAACCAGAGCCAGAACCAGGAGAGCGAGACGGAGUCCGCUACCGACGCUGACGUGGCGGCGGCCGAGGACCUGACCAAGCACUACCGUGCAGAGAAACUGCGCAUGGUCAUGAAUGAGAGCGGAGAACUGCCGGCCCACUACUUUGCCGCGAUACGACGGCCGACCCAGCAGCGCUGCUUCUCGUGCUACAAGUGCAGACAACCACUCUUCAGCGCGGCCAACGUUCUUCACCACGCCACAGGUGAAGACGUGUACCGGGUCUUUGUCGAGAACACCAACUACCGCAGGGCCAACAAGAAGGGGCGAGGGGCACCAAGCAAUGACGCGGCGGCUGCGGUGGGGUCGGCCUUUGUCGGACGAUCGUCGGCCCCGUGUGCGUCGGUGUUCGUCGAGCCGAUGGCCUGGAUGCUCGAAUCGUUGGGCGCCGACGAGCUGAAGAAGAGCGAGGGCACCUUCUACUGCCCCAAGUGCAAGUCGCGCAUCGGGUCGUGGAACUGGCAGGGCUCGCGAUGUGCGUGUGGUGGUCACGCCAUCCCCGCCUUCCUCAUCACCAAGAACCGAGUCUGCUGA